GACAAAAACAGUUAAAAAAUAUCUUCGUGGCUGUACGAGCAGCCCCACAUGUCCUGGAUCCACAUGACAUUGAUUGCCUGAGGACGAGAAAACCUAGAGCAAUAAAUCUCCAGCUCGUCUCUUUUUCUUUCGUUAUUCCUUCCACACCCUGUACAGUCAAUCUCCUUCUUAUACUUAUCAAUUGAACAACCACCAUGGCGAUCACAGUCCUUCUGCCACCCAGUGAACUGGACAGCUACGACUAUGUCAUCGUUGGAGGAGGUACCGCUGGUUGCGUGAUCGCCUCGCGCCUCGCCGAGUACCUUCCCAACAAGCGCAUUCUGUUAAUUGAGGCUGGUCCCAGUGAUUACAUGGACGACCGAGUCUUGAAUCUAAAAGAAUGGCUGAGCCUGUUGGGCGGAGAGCUGGACUACGACUACCCAACGACUGAGCAACCAAUGGGAAACAGUCAUAUCAGACAUUCCCGAGCCAAGGUCCUUGGCGGCUGCUCUUCUCACAACACUCUGAUCUCCUUCCGGCCUUUCGAGUAUGAUUUGCGUCUUUGGCAGGAAUCCGGAUGCAGAGGCUGGUCCUUUGAUAUGUUCACUCGAGUGCUCGAUAACUUGCGAAACACUGUUCAACCAGUGCAUGAGCGCCACCGUAAUCAGCUUUGCAAGGAUUGGGUACAAUCCUGCUCGAGGGCAUUGAACAUCCCGAUUAUCGAAGAUUUCAAUAAGGAGAUUCGUUCCAAGGGUCAAUUGGAGCAAGGAGUUGGCUUUUUCUCUGUGUCGUACAAUCCAGACGACGGUAGACGCAGCAGUGCUAGCGUGGCUUAUAUUCACCCUAUUCUCCGUGGAGAGGAAAAGAGACCAAACCUCACCAUUUUGACCAAUGCGUGGGUUUCACGGGUCAACGUGGACGGUGACACGGUCACCGGCGUUGAUGUGACCCUCCAAUCUGGUCAGAAGUAUUCUCUAAAGUCCAAGGUUGAGACUAUCAUCUGUGCUGGUGCGGUUGAUACCCCACGACUGUUGUUGCUAUCCGGAAUUGGCCCUAAGGAUCAGCUAUCAUCGCUUGGAAUUCCGGUUGUGAAGGAUAUCCCCGGAGUCGGCGAGAACUUGCUUGAUCAUCCCGAAACUAUUAUCAUCUGGGAACUCAACCGACCCGUGCCACCUAAUCAGACAACCAUGGACUCUGAUGCAGGAAUCUUCUUGCGCCGAGAGCCACCAAAUGCCGCCGGUAACGACGGAACUGCGGCUGAUCUGAUGAUGCAUUGCUACCAGAUUCCCUUCUGUCUGAACACCACGCGUCUUGGGUAUGAUGAGCCUGUAGACGCUUUCUGCAUGACACCAAACAUUCCCCGCCCACGUUCUCGCGGUCGUCUCUACUUGACCUCUUCAGACCCCAACGUCAAACCCGCUUUGGAUUUCCGUUAUUUCACCGACCCAGAAGGUUACGACUCCGCAACCAUUGUUGCUGGCUUCAAGGCCGCUCGUGAAGUCGCUAAACAGGCACCCUUCAAGGAUUGGAUCAAGCGCGAAGUCGCUCCUGGACCUGGCGUCGUCACAGACGAAGCACUAUCUGAGUACGGCCGUCGCGUAGCACACACAGUGUAUCACCCGGCUGGAACAACCAAGAUGGGCGACAUUGAAUGUGAUCCACUCGCCGUGGUUGAUCCACAAUUGCGAGUCCGCGGGCUCAAGAAGAUCCGUAUUGCGGAUGCCGGCGUCUUUCCGCACAUGCCUACUAUUAACCCUAUGCUUACUGUGUUGGGUAUUGGAGAGCGAGCAGCUGAGCUCAUUGCUGAAGAUGCGGGUUGGAAGAGGAACCAGCCUAGGCUGUAAUCUCAAAAAACUUAGAAGUAUAUUUGUGGAGAUGAAUAGAGGUGGAGAGCAAUGGUAGCCUUGUACGCACUACUUUGAUACCCUAUAGAGCAUUCUUGAUUAUGAGUGGUCUAUGUUACGUUGAAAUAUACAAUGACAUAAACAUGAAAAUAAAAGCAGUAUAAUCUAUGGCUUCCAUCUACUCGAAUCGAGCAUGCUAUGCAAAUAAUCAAACAAUACGAAAUAGAACAACACAUCAUAACCGUCCUUAAUAUUUACAAGAAUAUCCACCACGCCUUACCGUUGAGCAUCCAAAUCCCACACACCCCCGAAAAGAAGAGAAAAAAAAAACUACAAACUCUCCUCCGAAUCGAACACCUUAAUCCCAAACUUCCACACCUGAUCCACCGUCAAAGUAGGUCCGCUAUACGAAUCAAUCGUCUCCCCCAAGACCACCAAAUCGGCAUCCGCGCCAUGGUCCAACGUCCCCUUGACCUUCUCCAUGCCCAACAUCUUGGCCGGGGUGAGAGUAACGGCACUCAACGCCUCGGCUGUAGUCGCCGAUGUCCAUCGUCGGAAAUUAUUCACGCAUUCAAUCAAAGUCGCAGAACUUCCGGCGAUUUUAUCGGAUCCUUCGAGCGUGAGUCUUACGCCCUUUUUAAUGAUUCGAUCACCGUUCGUCCAGUCGUAGACUCCAUCCGGUAAACCACACAGACGCAUCGCGUCAGUCACGAGAAUGAGUCCCUCGCUAUGCGCAUUGUACGCAAUCUUGAUAGAGGUAGGAUGUAAAUGGAUCCCGUCGGCAAUAACCCCAAAGUAGGGUUUUGGUAAAUCGCUCUGUCCCAAGAGACCAAAUACGCCGGGAUUGCGAUGAUAAAAGGGACGCAUGGCGUUGAAUAGAUGGGUUAUCAUUUUUGCGCCCUGGCCCACGGCGCUCAUGGCUUGUUCGUAGGUUGCGUCUGAAUGGCCGAUGGAGUAGAUUAUGCCACGGGAUGUGAGGUCGGGGAUGUUUUUAAUCAUGGUGCCUACUUCGGGGGCGGCGGUGAUCAUUUUAAUUGCUGGUCUUGCGGAACCGUGUUGGGUGUGACCAUUGGUCAGACCGUUUGCGUGAAUGCUCUUGUGAAGGGAUUUGGCAAUUGGCGUUGCUGGUGUUGGCGUCGCGACGCCUUCGUCAAUAGUGCCAUUCUCAUCAUGCGUAAUCACCUCGGGGAUGUUUUCACGUCCGUAGCAAUUGAUAAUAUCCUGAAACCCUUCUGUUGAAGCUAAUAGAACCUCAGGCUUAUGAAUCCCAUUUCGCGAUGGACUGAUAAAUGGACCCUCGACAUGUGCCCCCAAAGAUUCCGCACCAUCUUCCGGUCUACGUCUCCCCGUCGGCGCAAGAGAAGGAAGAACCUUUUUAUAAUUCUCCGCCGUUGUACUCACAGUCGUCGGUAGGAAAGAAGUCACACCAGUCUUGAUCAAGCCGCGAUUCGAAGCAAUAAAUCCCGCAUCGUAUUCUUCCUUCGUGGCCUGAGGAACAGAGUAAUCAAACCCCUGGGCACCGUUGAGUUGUACAUCGAUAAAACCCGGUGCGAGAAUGCGACCAUUUAGGUCGAUGACUUGAUCCGGUGAGAGAUGGAGUUCAUAAAAGGCUUCUUGGUCCUUGAGGACUUUGCCGGUUAGGGAAUCGAUCCAGAGGUCUUGUUCGAUGAGCUGGUUGGCUUUGAGAAUGCGGCAGUUUGUGAAUUUGGUGAUGCACGGAGGCGAUGUUGGCUGGCGGGUGGGCAUGAUGUCACUUGAAUCUGCUUCUUGAGUAUACCUGUAUAACAAGGAUGACAGUUGUGUAUAUUGACUUGUAGUAUAUUGAUCCAGCUAUGACUG